AUUAAACUGUAUGCUGCUGUGCUCGGACUCAAAGUUGCAAUACAGGACGCCUGUAUAAGUAACCAAACGUCUCUACAGUGUGAGCGAUUCUAUUGUGUGUCAUCAAUUUCACAUUUGAGUGCACAGAAGUGCUAUUGCUUAAGCGAUAUCCACGAUAUUGUGACGCUUUUUUUUCUCUCUGAAAUCCCUGAAUCUGGCGUGAAAAGUUGAUACCUACCGGGACAAGGGAAUUCAAUUUACUUUCCGGAUGACCCUUCCGUAUUGGAUGAUUUCACAAAGGGUGAAAGUCGAUUUGGUGACGCGAGAAGUGCGUUGGGACUGUUAAAUGUGUAUUGAUAAACGAUAUACAAUAACGAUUUGGUAUCACCCAAAGUAAAGUGUCAAGUGAAAUGUAAAGAAAAAAAAAAGUUAUAUAAAUGAGAUUUAUUUGGAGUGCGGGAUUAUGGUAAUGGGAAAAAAAUAAACUGUAUAAGUAUGUUUUGAAUAUAUGCGUGUGGCACAGUUGGGAGGGACUGUGUUUAUUUUGGCGGGAAAAAGCUCAAUCCCCGCGCACAUUCCAAAAUCAGCAUAUUAGUCGAAUUAUACUCUUUCAUGCGGUACAACUUUAUUACAAUGUGGCAGAUUGUUAGUGUUUGAGAGGACUAAAUGCGGAGUUGACGGAGAAUGAUGCUGAUGAUGAGAAUGAUGGUGGUGAUGAAGUGAUCAUAUCUUUUCCCGAUUGGAUUAUGCUUAAUGUUGGGAAACACUUGAUAAACAUUCUGUGGAAAUGUUGUGGAUUAUUGUGCUGAUAAUUGGAGAUUUAUUUUCGUUUUCUCCGGUUAAUGAAGCAGCAAAAGUGAUCAAUCCAGAAACACAGAGUGAGCCAUCUUUCAUCUCAGAGUCAGGAAAAUUUAAAUUUGUCACAGGAAAUACUAUUCUCCUACCAUGUGAUGUAACCAAUGCAGAGUCAUACGUUAUUGCGUGGAAGAAGGGAAUAGCAAUUUUAACAGCCGGAAAAGUUAAAGUAUCUCCGGACGCAAGAAUGAAUUUAGUCAAUGGAUAUUCACUACAAAUUAAGAAUUCUGUACCCCAAGAUGCCGGUGUUUACGUGUGCCAGAUAGCAACUUUAGAACCACUAGAGAUAAUGCAUACAGUAGAUAUUCUAGUACCACCUGUGAUACAUCACGUGACAUCCGGUGGUAGUUUACAGGUGAAAAAAGGGACGCCUGUGUAUUUGGAAUGCUUUGCAACGGGGAAUCCUACACCAAAUAUCACAUGGACACGGAAGAAUAACAUAUUGCCGAAUGGUGAAGAAAAAUUAUCAUCGCCAGCACUAACGAUUGAGAACAUGGAUCGACACAAAGGAGGUACUUAUAUAUGCACAGCAAAUAAUGGGGUUGGACAGCCGGCAACUAGUCAAGUGCUGCUACAUGUUCUGUUCCCACCAGAAAUAACCCUAGAGAGACCAAUUGUUCAUUCAAGUGAAGAUCAGGAAGCUAUGUUAGUGUGCAUUGUACAUGGAGAAACCCCACCUUUGGUGACAUGGUACAUGAAUACAAUGCAAUUGCAUACAACAGAGAACUACAUAAUGGGUUCACGGGGAUCACGCCAUACGCUCCUGAUACGAAAAGUAAAUCAGUAUGAUUUUGGAAAUUACACAUGCAUGGCAGAAAAUGAUCUUGGUCGAACGAAGAAGAGCAUCUUGUUGACUGGAAAACCAAAAACUGCAAUUUUCCAUUCUCCGCCCAUCAGUCAAUGGGGAGAUAGAUAUAAUAUUUCAUGGGCUGUGGAUUCUCAUACCCCAAUAGAGGAAUUCAAACUAUUCUUCAGAAGACUGCCAAAAGGUCGCACAAAUGACGAAAAUAAUGAAGAUUCCGGUGGUUUUCCGGUUGGAUUCAGUGAACAAUUACAACCUCUUCAGCAUCAAAGUCAGCAGCAGCAGCAGCAUUUUGGUCGGCGUGGUUUCUAUCGGCGAAGCAAUAGCACGCAUCAUUUGGUUGUUCCUGCGUACGAGUCACAUUGGUAUAGAAAUGGACAUGGAAGCAUUGUUCAUUGGUCAGGCAAUGAUUGGAGGGAUGUCAUUUUACCGGCUAUACCAUUAUCGCAUCUCUACACACAAACUAUGAGUUAUCUCAUUCAUGGUUUGGAGCCUGAUCAUCAGUAUGAAGCCAAAGUUCAAGCCAGAAAUAGAUAUGGAUGGAGUGAUGUAUCGGAACGAUUUAUAUUUUCAACACCUAAUACAAAUUCUGAAGUGCGAGAUAUGCGUUCGACACAAUUCAGCGGAGCAUCCGUACCAAUGUAUAGAGAUUUUAUUGGAAUUCUUUUAACAUUUUUAUUAGGUAAUAUUUUAGUUAUAAGCCACUCAUAUGCACUUGUGAGGAAUGUUAUUUAAAAAGAAAUGUAUUUAUUUACAAUUGUACUUCUCCAUAACCUAAAAACUAUACUACAGGAAUAAUACCGUCAUCAUUUUUACGAUAUUGGUUAAUAUAUGCUCCACUUAAAAAAAAUGGUAGAUAGCGCCAAAAUUUUCUAUCCAGCAUAAUUUGCAUUCAAUAUUAUAAAUUCAUGAGGUGAAUUAUAUCGUUGCAAAUAACACUAUAAGAAGUAAUUUUGAUAUCAGAUAUGCAUAUUUUAUUGCAAUGCAAAUAUUUUACAGUCUGAAUAAAAUUAUAUACGUAAUUGUGGAAUAAUGUAUUGUUAUAUGAUAAAUUUGUGAAAUUUCUGCAUGAUCUGACGACAUUGAUUAACUAUGCAUUUAUGUGCAAUUAAUAGAGGAUUAUAAAAAAUGUGCAUUAAAACAUGAGAGUCUGAUGAAUCAUACAAGAGUUAAAUAGAUAAAUUGCAUUCGAAGGUAUUUUAAUUAGUUUCCUGGUUAAGGCUUAAGUACGCCAAACGAUAUACAUUUCAAUAUCAAAGAACAUACCGUAAAUAUAAUCACGUCCGAUGCUGAAAUUGUGCCGGCUGUAUGUCGCCCCAGUAGAAAUUGUAAAAUAAUCCAUAAAGUCCCUAAAUCCUUUAUGUAACAAGCAUUUAUGGAUCUCGGGUCCGCUGCUGACCACCAUGAUGUACCUUAACCAGCAACAGUGAUGUUAAAUUACACAUUUUUUACAAGGUAAUAUUUUCAUAAUAUUUACGUAAUUAAUUUUUAAUGCAAAAAACGUAAUAAACUUCUUAAAGUUCUAAAAUAAACGAGGAUUAUCAUAACCUUUUUGUACUUUUAGAUUGAACGAUUUAUAUUUACAUGUUAGGGUGGAAUCACCACUUCUCGCCAGGUAUAUUGAAAUCGCUAUUUUUCACGAUUUAUGAAAUAAAUGAGCCUCAAAGUAACUUGUAUUUUUAUUGCUGCUACGUAUAGAGUCGAAAACACUAAUUUUUUGUUCUGAAUUUAAAUAUUUGAGCAUUUUUUAGAGGAAUAUUUUAAGCAAGUGCAUCGAAUCCAAUAUUUCUUACCAAAUAUACUAAGUGUCAUGAAACUUUUAUCGAACAAAAUUUAAUUUUUGAUUAAAUAGAUUGCCUAUUGAACAUUUAAUUACAUUCAGCGAAUACAUAAAAUUUGUAUUUAUUUAGUUAUUAUUUCAUUUUAUAUCAUUUUUAUGUAAAAAUGAGCCAUGGCGGAAAGUGGUAAUAUUCUAAAAUUGAUUCACCACCUGUCGUCAUAGCUUUCCAAUAGGCAACGCUAACUUCACUUCAUAGAUUUUCAGUUGUCAAAUGUACUUUGUUUACUUUCUGCAAUAGUCUAAUAAUUUGAUUUCUCAAAUAAAAGCGAAUAAAAAUCAUUUAAUGUGAGUAAUAAUAAGGUGAUCAUGAGGAAAAAGAAAUCUUGAAUGUAUUCUUUGCAAAUUAUUGCUCAAAAUAAUCGAAUUUGAACUUUUCCAAGUGAGUAGCGAGAAGUGGUUACAGAACUGGCGAAAAGUGGUAAAAAGUGGCGACGAAGUGGUUAUUUUUGUAUUGUUAAUAAAAAUCAGUUUUUUAGGUACUCCCGCGUUAAAUUGUAGGACAAUUGUUUUCACGAAUCUAGAGCCAAUAUAUCUAAGUAGCUUUGUGUCAAAUUUGAGUUAUCUGAUAAUAAGGGGUCAAAAGUUAUAAUACAAUUAAUUUCACUUUUUCCUAAAAGUGGCGAUAACUGGUUACUCUACCCUAUAUAAGAAAUUGAACUUUUCGAAUAAUAUAAGUUUCUAGAGAUAAGUUUCUUUUUCUGUUUCUGUGUGAUUAGAAGAAAUUAAACAAUCCAUGAAAAGAAAACUAAUUUUCUAAUAAAAUCCGCGCAAAUAUGUAGCAAUUAAAGUUUUACUAAACUCAAUCAUGCAUCAAAAACUAAAAAAGAGAUAUGGCAAAAAAUAGUAAAAAAUGGAAAGUUUAAUUUCCUAAAUUCAUGCAAAAUUCACCAGUAGCAAAGGUACUUUUCUCAAUAUAUAGUAACUCGCCUUACUAUAGUUAAGUGAUUUUAAUUUAUAAUUAGUGAAUUUCAAAGCUGUAACUAUUUUACUGCUUGAACUUAAAGAAAGAACAGUUGCAUAAUCUGCUCUUUUUCAACUUGUCACCGCUCUAGAGCUUAAACGGUAAAAGAUAUCAGCUCCCGGUCUUCGGUGACCCCCAAUAAAAAAAAGGCAUUAUCUGCAGACAUACCCUUUUUCUCUACCCCCGUUCAAUUCCUCGAAAACCGUAUUUUUCGUUUUUUUUUUUCAAAAUUAGCCCAAGCUUUUUUAAUGAUUUUUCAUACGUUUUGGGGGUAUCCUAGGUGAAUAUUUCGUCAAUAUAUAUCGAUGACCGGAAAAUUCUUCAUUUUGAAUUUUUGAAAGCUCAGCAUCCGCACUCUGAGCCUUUCCAUGACACAUUGACUCCACCACACAAGGUGCCAGGCGUGCCAGGGUAUCAUUCCACGCACUCUGAAGCAGGUCACGGAGGCAACUUUAAAAGUGCAAUUGGGGAGGGUUGCCAACGGCGAGAAGCGUAGCGACACAAUCGCUACAUUGCCGUUGUCUGGCGGAAAAAUCUUCUACACAGAAAAAAAUAUUUUGUAAAAAUGAUCGUAAAUGUUUGUGAAUUCUUAUGGGGGAGUUACGAAAUGCUCGUGAAUCGUAUAACCCACAAACAAGUUCGUAAAAAUUUGUACUUUUUUCACAAACAUUGUUCGUAACAUGAUCAUUUGACGAACAAUUUUUGUACUUUUACAAAUAUUUGUUCGUAAAUGUUCGUAAACACACAAAAAAUGUUCGUAAAAUUUUGUCAUUUGUUCGUAAAAUGUUUGACAGGAAAACAAACAUUUACGAAAAAAUGUCAAAAUUUUACGAACAUUUUUUUGUGUGUUUACGAACAUUUACGAACAAUGUUUGUGAAUAAAGUACAAAUUUUACGAACAUGUUUGUUAGUUAUACGAUUCACGAGCAUUUCGUAAAUCCCCCAUAGGAAUUCACAAACAUUUACGAACAUUAUUACAAAUUUUUUUUCUGUGUACAAUAAAUAGAAGCUAAUGAAAUUCUACUUAAGCGGUCUCGGAUUUUAGAAAGUUCUAAUUGGAAUACAUCCCUUAAUGACUCAAAUUAUGGUGAUCUUUUAAACUGAAUUCUGUUAGUCUAGCAGAAAUUAAAGAAAAAGACUUUUUUUUACAAAUAAAUGACAUGUAAAAAAAUGUAAUUUACCUUUGUUGUGUAUUUUAAAAUCACUGGUAGCAUUGGUUAUAUACGGCACUCAAUACCAGCAGCCUUUUUGGUACACUAUUGGUGGCUACGUGAAAGAAAGCUGGGUAUUAUUGUCCUCCAUGGAGAACCUAAAGUGGUUACUGUUGUGUCCAAAAUACAUUCUGGACUGUGUACAGUUGGUCCUCUUUGGCGGUUGUUGGACCAAAAUGGGAAUUUGUAGUGAAGUGACUCUAUAUUUGAAAUGUGACAUUAAAUACACAAUUUUCCGAGCUUUCUCUCAUUCACCCUUUCACCUCACUUUUUAACUUUCCGCACAUAUAUGAUAUUUAUUUUACAAUCUUGGCCAGUGUGUUGUCGGUCACGAGCCACUGGGUCAGAAGGCGCAACACUUGCCGUAAAAGGGGUUAUUGUGCCAUUCCAUAGAGGUAUAGCAAGUUUGUGGAAAUACGCGAUUGUGAUUCUAUGUAGUGCAGAAUAUUCUUUUUGUUUUUUUUUUUUUAAUAAAUCUCCUAUGUAAAUACAUAACUGAGAACUUCUGGUGAAUUUUCUACUUCAAUAUACUAUUUCUCUGUCUGAACUAAAGUAUUUUCUUCCAAAUAUGGUGUAAGGAAAAAAAAGAUUGAAAUAUCAAGAUAUUAAAUACUGAAAGUAAAUUAAUUAAACUACUUGGAGAAUGUUUGAAGUACCAUAGAGUUUGGAUGUAUGAAUUAAAUAGAAUGGUAUGUUUAUUCUGUAAAUAGAAAAUAUUUUUUACUGAAUAAGAGAUACAAAAUCACACUGGUACACUCCUGUUAUUUAUUAUACGAAAGCACAAACUUAAUGAUUGAAAGAGGCAUAACAUUAUAUGCAAUCCUUGGCAUUAUGUAUGUGUAUAAACAAUGGGAAAUUCAUGUACGAUAAAUUAUCAUUAAAACAUUGUAUAUCUUGGGGAUCUCCCUUACGUUACUAAUGCCACACAUUCAUAAGAUAUAAUGAAAUUUUGAAUAAUUAAUGUGUCAAUUUCUAGAAACAUAUCACAAUUAGUUCUUAUGAUUUCUGUUACUAAAUUCCAAGUUAGAAAUGUAUAUUCUGCAUAAUACAUGAACGUAUAGAAGUCAUAUUCCUCAUAUCAAAAUUACUUUUCAUAAGUGUAUUUUGACUUAAUGCCGUAUAAUAUAUAGAAUUAAACCGAAAGACCAUAAAACGAACACAAUGCUCUCUAUUUGACUAUGAAUAAAUAAGCAUAUGUAUAUGUAAAUCCCUAUAUCGUAAAUAAAAGCUUUAGUUUUAAGCUGAAAAUUUUAUAUGAUCAAACUUUUGUUAUCAAAUUAACCCAAUUAUGUCAUAAUUAUUUAAAAAUACCAAACAUUUUUCUAUACAAAAUUUCUUUCAUCUUUUUUUCCAUCAAUUAUUUGUUUUAUUUUAAUUCAAUUCAGUACAAUUGACUUAACUAGCAUAAACUGUGUAAAUAACUAAAAGAGAAUUAUACUAAAAAACACAAUGUAGCUCCCUCUUAUCUUUAAUGUUAAAAAAAAAGAAUUUUUGUGAAAAGAAAAAUACAUCAAGAUUUUAGAAAUUAAUAAGGGUAAGAGUUUAGCGAAUUAAGAAUAAAUAUUACAGCUCGCUUGAAAUCACUCCUUGACUGCAAUCUUACUGAGAAAAUAGCUUCCUUUAACCAUUUACCUGUGAAAAUUUUUGAACCUCUUUUGGGUACAAGGUAAACAAGGGUGAGGGCUAAUAAAUGAAUUAAGAAUGUGAAGGAUGGCAGAAAGCAAAGACUUUGCCGUAGUAAAUGAUGCUAAAUCUCCAGCAUAAUGGACAACGGGUAAAAAAGAAAAUUUCAAAGUAAAAACAAUAUUUAAUUGGGAUAAAUUAUAAAAAUAAAUUUCCACAUCAUUUUUCUACUAUAUUUUAAUAUCAAUCAUAAUGUCCAAAAUUAAAGUAUGUAACUAUAUAGCAUUUAUGGAUGUUUAUAUACUAAUAUUAAGCAAGUAAAUAAUACAUUAAACAAGUGUGAAAUAUUUUUAUGGAUGGUUGAAAUUAAAUUUAAGAAUAAUAAAUAUAAAAA